AUGACGAGGUCACGUGUGAUGCUCUCUGAUACUCUGCCCUACAAAACUUCUUCUUGCCGCGACCGGUGGGGGAACAUCUAUCGGUGUCGGUCGUCAUGGCAUAACUGGGGUCGUUGGGUCUUACUGGCCGUCAUCAUCGUAGUAGCCUUGAUAGCCUUCUUCUUUUACGCAUGUCUCUCGGCUCGUAAACGCCGUCGCCACGGUCAACGACCCAUCUACGGCACCGGCUGGAUCCCAGGCACACAGCCUCCGCCAGGCCAAUGGCAGCAACAGCAAUAUCCAUCUCAACCACCACCUGCGCCGCCGGGAUACCAACCGUCCACCGAGCAUGGAUACGGGCAGAAUUACGGUUCAAACCAAGGGUACUUUGGUCAGCAGCAGUACGGAUCCGAGCUACAGCAGCCACCGAACGCAUAUGCGCGAGACGGCGUAUACUCACCCCCCGCGGGACCACCGCCGGGUCAUCCGAAGUAG